AUGUCUGACGCCGAAGGAUUCGAGGUUGUCCAGCACGACGAGUCGGUUUUAUCGGGUGAGGAGACUGCCGGUACCGCUGGUACUGGGGCUACUGAAUCGCCUAAAUCUUCGGUUAAGUCAAGCAACGGAUCUAAAACCGAAGACAAUGCCGUAAAGCGACCAGCUACUGGUACUUCCGGUGUCCGUCGUCCGGGAACAGCAACUAGUACAGCUCCGAAGACUGUUACAACUUCAACGGCUCGUGCUAGUGGCGGUUUGACCAAACCUCCAACCCGCCCGCCUGUUGGGGCCGCGGUCAAGAAGCCAUCAGUAAGCACUACUACGACCCACAGGCCCCAGCCGUCUGUCUCAGAAGAUGAGAGGAAGAGAUCUACUAUGACCUCUGCGGCGGCGCGUCGAACCUCGACAGCACCAAGUGUAACGUCGUCUCCCGGAAAAUCUAGCGUUAGAUCGGGCAUUUCUACCACUACCGCGGCAAGGAAGCCCUCCUCGGCUACUAGUAGCAUAGCCUCGAGAACUAGCACCCUUGCAAAGCCCACGCCGUCUACUGCGGGCACGGGGAGUCUCUGUCGGCACGGACAUCGGCAGCCACCCGACCUGGAGCUCCUGGUGCCGUGGCUGACGCAAGGAAGCGCGCCUCGCCCAUCUAUCGCGUCGCCGACUUCUGCGGUGGCAGCAAGGGAUAUUGAAGACUUAAAAUCGAAGCUUGCCGAGAAAGAGUCGGAGGUGGAGUCCUUGAAGGAACAGGUUGUUUCUUCUCAGGCCAAGGUCACCGAGCUUGAAGAAAAGAUCAAGACCGAGGUAAAUGGCGUCCAGUCAACCCAUGCUUCCGAGAAGGAGACUCUAAGCACCCAGAUAUCGGAGGCUGUCGACAAGCUUAAGGCUGCCGAAGAGCAGCUUGAAGCCCACAGGACGAAGUUAGCCGAAUUGGCUAACUCACAGGAAGUCAAAGAUACCGAGAUUAACGGCCUACAGAGCAAGCUUGAGUCCCUCCAGCUUGAGAAAGAUACCAGUGCUAAGGAUAGCGAAGGUGCUUUGAACAAGGCGGCUGAGGAGCACGCUGCUGAAUUAGAUGGUCUUCGGAAAUCGUUAAACGAGCAACAUCAAGCUGUCGUUGAGGCUCUAAAGACUUCGCAUGCAGCCGAACUAGAUCAAAGCAAAGCCUCAUCCGGCGAGCACGAGAAGGCACUUGAAGAACUGAAGGCCGCCAAUGAAGCGUUCCAGAAAAAGAUUGAUGAAUUAACCUCCUCGACUGACAACGUAGGUGCCGAGAGUGCUUCCAAGAUUUCUGCGCUUGAGAAUGAGCUCGCAGAUCUAAAGUCUGCUGCUGAGCAAGACAAGGCUGCAUUAGCUACUUCACAAGCAGAACUACAAGAAGUUAAAGCGAAGCUUGAGGAGUCCCUCGCUGCCGUAGCUGCUACAAGGGAAGAGCUGACUAAGGUCAAGGAAGAGUUUGCUAGCUUACAGGAGGAGUUAGGCCAGGCUAAAGCGGAUGCAUCAUCUAGUGCUGAUCUCGCUACUCAGAUCAAGGAGGCCGAAGAAAAGUACGAGAAGUUAAAGCAGGACCAUAAACUCUCGGAUGAGACACACGAAGCCCAACUGAAGCAGGUAUCCCAGGACUAUGAGACGGAGAUUGAGAGCCUCAAGGGCGAUGCUUUCUUCAAACGCAAGUUUCACGUCCUCGAAGAAGAACAUAACGAAUUAAAGACUAAAUUUGACGAGCUAACCGGUACGCAUUCAACGACUGUCCAGAGCCACACAGAAGAGUUGGAGGCAGCAAAGGCUGAAUAUGCGGCUGCUGUUGCAGCCCUUUCCGCUAAGGAAGCGGAGCAUCAAAAGGCACUUGACGCAUUACAAGCUAGCCAUGCAAUGGAUUUAGAAAGCGCCAAGAGCGGUGCUUCAGUUGACAAGGAAGCACAACUAGCCGAACUAGAGUCUCUCAAGGCCAGCCAUGCGAAGCAAAUCGAGAUAUCUAAGGCUGAGAGUGAAGCUGCUCUCGCAAGGGAGCUAGAGGCUCUCAAGGCUGCCCAUCUUGAGGUUCUCAAUGCUCAGAAGCAAGACUUAGACACGACAAUUGCCGAGUUGAAGGCUGCUCACGCCCAGGAGCUUUCUACCAAGGACGCUGAUGGUAGUGCGCAUGUGGCGCAACUGGAGGCUCUGAAGACAGCUGUUGAGGAGGCGCAGGCCGAAUUGGAGAAAGCCAAGACCAGUCACGCACAAGAGAUUGCCGAGAAGGAGGCUGACAGUAGCGCCCAUGGCGCCCAGUUGGAGGCAUUGAAGGCGGCCCUCGCAGACGCGCAUGCGGAACUCGACAAAGCUAAGGCUAACCAUGCUCAAGAGCUGGCUGAUAAAAGUGCCUAUGUAACCCAAUUAGAAGCCCUCAAGACCGCAGUCGAAGAUUCUCAAGCCCAAGAGGAGGCUCAACUGAUCGAGGAGUUGAAGCAGGACCACGAGAGCAAGCUCUCUGCAGCUACUUCUGAUGUGGCUAAGCAUCUAGACGCCGCUACUGAGCACGAGGCAGCAUUGAUCGCAGCGAAGGAGGCAUUAGCUAAGGCCCAAGAGCAUUCCAAAACUCUGGAAGUAGAAUUAGCUGAAGUCAAUACUAAGAACAUCGAGCUGGCGAAGAUCCAGGAAGAAUACGAGUAUUUGCACCAGCAGCUCGCAGAGGCUAAGAUGAACAAUGUGGAACUCAUGGCUGAGCUUGACGCUUUAAAGAACCAGAGGCCGGACACCUCUAUUGCAGACGCGCUAAAGGCGGAGCUCCAGGAACUCAAGCAGUCUCACGCUCAAGAAUUGGCUGCUGUCAAGGAGGUAUCCGCAAAAUCCGCGGGUGAUUUCGAACUUCUACAGAAGGAUUACGACGUGACGAAGUCAGAGUUUGAAUCCCUGAAGGAGCAGCUAGAGGCAGCCAAGCAAGACGCUCUCAUUGCGCAGAAGGAUCUAGAGGCGCAUAAGAACGACGCCGAGGCCAAACUAAAGAACCAGGUAGCCGACUACAAGGAUAUGUACGAGAAUCUGUCUACUAUAGCGGAGGAAGAGCAGAAGAAGAGGGCGGCAGUCGAGAAGGAAGCAUUCGAUAUCAAGUCGAGAUUUGCAGAGAUGGAGGCUCAGCUGAAGGUCAAGGACGCGGAAAUUGCCGAGGCACUGGCCAAGGCGGCGGCGCAAACGCCAGUGAAGAAGGGUCUGUCAGCUAGUAGAUUCGCAGACAAUAAUGAAGCUGACAAGAAAGAAGAUAACGAAGGUGUUACCGACUCGGAGGCUUCCGCAGCUGCAGGUGAGGAGCCUGACCAUUCAUCGGCUGCGAUGAGUGCGGUGCGCAGUACCCCUUAUACAAACCCUCGCUUGCCAGUCGCAGCAUCUCCUCUUACAUCUGCAUUCACUUACCCAAGUUUUUUUCAAGCCAUCAUGAGAAAAAGUGGCUGA